GCUGCUCAGGAUGAGCCUGCGGCACCUGCCGGUGCUCGACGUCUGCAACCGCCCGGUCGGCAUCAUCACCCGAGACAACCUCACCAACAAGCUGCUGCACAAGACUAUCUCCUCCUACUUCAGGCCCGAAGAAGUAUACCUCCAGCCCGACGAAGUCCGAACUCCCCGUCUCCACGGAGCCCAGCAGGUGCAGCGACAGAGGCAGAGGAUCGUCAUCCAGAGCACCAUCGAUGAGGACAGUGACAUGAAGGAGAGCAUGACCACCGGCGGUAGCAUCUCAUCAUGGCAAUCGCGCCUCGCCGCCGCUCUUGGCAUGUCCUGCUAGUCACUAAGACUGUCACGGUGGGCGACUCAGUUCUAAAGUCCGAUCAACGUCAUUAAAGUGUCUGUAGUGAUCAAA